AUGGAUUGGCCUCGAAUCAUACUUAUUGUUGGCUUGUGGCUACCCAGUAUCCAAGCGGCAACCGAUCCAGUGGAUCAGACUUUGAUGUUCAAGGAGAUUGAUUCACUUCUACGACGGUGUCCUUGUGUACCGAUCAACACGUGCUACAGCCAAGGCGUUAGCCUGAAUGAGCAGAACUUCCUGAACACCAACUUCGAGUGUGAUGAUCAUACGUACAAUCACUGCUGCGGACCAUACUUCCAAACGCUAGGGAACGAAGAUUUCUACUUUGAUGAAAACGGAUUUGAUCGACAGGGCGCAUGGCGUAAGCCGCCUGAAACGCUACCUUCGAACAUCAUGAUAAUAAUGCCUCCGGACGCAACGACCGAAAGUCCCGAAACGCUCACCAAAGUAGUCCUAGUCUACCCGGAAACGACUACGAAACCAACAACGUCCACUGAAGCUGCCGAAGAACCCACAACCGAGGAAACUACGUCUGAACCUUUCAUCGAAGAUGUUGAGACUACGCCGAUGGAUGAGGAAACAUCAACGGAACUAGUCACAACUACAACCACAGACCCGACAACAAUCACGAGCAGGACAACCCUCUCUCCGCAACAGCAGCGCCUCUCCAGAUUACAAAAUCGGCCACCUUACCCCACAAGGAUCCGGUCCACUCGCCCAUCCACCACAACCACCACUACAACCACGACGACCACGGAGCCUACUACGACUACUCCGAGAUUCAGCACGAUACGAAUCGUCCCCAAGCCAGACUCACGACACAGGCAGGCCAUGAACCGGCUAAGGUUGUUCGUGCGCACUUCGACCACGCCGUCCUCGGAUGAGUACGAAGACGACUAUGGUGAAGAUGACGACGAAGAGGAGAAUGAGGACGAUGGAACUAAACCUAGAGAUACUAAUACGGCUGCCGAGGAGGAUGAUGGUGAAGACGAACUGUGA